AUGUCCAGCAUCGCCAUCUCCUCCUCCCCUGCCGCCAUCGGCCCCGUCGUCCGUAGACAGGACACGGGCUGCCGUGUGACCCUAGGCGCCGGUCUCGUGCCCGCUGCGAUGUCGCACAACGCCAAGACGUGCAAGUGCCUCCCGGCCCAGACCACCGAGGACCUGGAGCGUCUGGCGGUGAGUGUCCGGGACGCGAUGUCUAUGGACAUCCUGUGCUCAGAGAAGCCGAGCUUGGCUGUGGCGAUGUUUAUUCUGGGUGCGGAAGUCGUGUACUAG